CCUGGAAGGGAGGCGGCCUCGUUUAGUACCUGCCCUCUACUCCACCUACCUCGUAAAUAGGAAGAUACCUGCCGGAACCCGUCUUGGUAAUAUGAAUGCACGACAGAGCAUAGAGAAGCUCUACUAGCAAACAGGCUAUUUGCCGAGCUUCAUCCCUAGGAGAACAUAAAACGGCCGGUUGGAUUAAACUGUAGCUAGUUAACGUUAGCUGUCACGGCUGUAUUAGUUCGCGGCUGCUUUCACGAGUGAAGCUGCUUUUAGCUCGCCGAGUUAGCUCGUUUGCUAACUUUAACAUAAACCCGGAUAGACAUUCUUCCACAGCUGGUGAGGUUUCGCAAGACCGGUCCGGCAAGCAAGUCCGUUAGAAUAUAACCCCUUUUAUUCUUUUCGCCAUGGGAUCCAGAGCGUCCACAUUACUCCGAGAAGAGGAAAUCGAAGAGAUUAAGAAGGAGACUGGCUUCUCCCACAGUCAGAUCACCCGCCUGUACAGCCGCUUCACCAGUCUGGAUAAAGGAGAAAACGGCACCCUCAGCCGAGAAGAUUUCCAGAGAAUCCCGGAGUUGGCCAUCAAUCCGCUGGGAGACAGAAUCAUCAAUGCGUUCUUUCCCGAGGGAGAGGACCAGGUCAACUUCAGGGGCUUCAUGCGGACCUUAGCUCACUUCAGACCAAUUGAGGACAAUGAAAAGAGCAAGAACGCCGCUGUCAGCGAGCCACUCAACAGCAGGACAAACAAGCUGCUUUUUGCUUUCCGCCUGUAUGACCUGGACAGAGAUGACAAAAUCUCUCGGGAUGAGUUGCUGCAGGUCUUACGGAUGAUGGUUGGUGUAAACAUUUCAGAUGAACAGCUUGGCAGCAUUGCUGACAGGACCAUACAGGAGGCUGACACCAAUGGAGAUAACUCCAUUUCCUUCAAUGAAUUCAUCAAGGUCUUGGAGAAAGUGGACGUAGAACAGAAAAUGAGCAUCCGGUUCCUACACUAAAUUUCAAUAUUGUUUUUCUUUUUUUUGGGUGGAAAAAAGUUGAUAUCAGAACACACCCUCAUCUCAUCUUCUCAGCAGGCGGCCCUGGCCCACACUACGAGUGCCCGCUGUCAGACCAAGCAUUAGGUAGAGAAUGUCAUAGAUCUUGAGUUUCUGCCUCUGCACUGCUCUGUAAACAAAGGGAAAAGUUCGGUGCCUUGGGUUGAUUUCUGCAAUGUCACUAUGAUUUUUUUCCACCCCUAGGUAAUGGAACAUUAUUUAUUAGAAAAACUUUUAGAGGGUCACAGUUAAUACUACUGCUGUUGAACUUUUCACGUGAGAAAUGAUCUUAUAGCAAGGUACGAUUUUAAAGCUGGUUGCUAUUGCAGUGAGUAAGUUUUAUUCUAAGUUUACUCAUGCUGUUCAAUGGAUAGUUGGCACGUGUGUCUUUGUCCGUAUAAAUAUGUAAUGGUUCAAAGUGAAACUUGUAAGAUGUGUGAUUCCACUUCCAAACAGACAGUGUUUUUAAUGCUAACAGGAUCUUAUCACUCCUUAUCUCUGACUUGUGUCAGAGCAGUUCAGACCAGCCAGCUCUAAGUGUGUCCCUUAAAGCAACGCAGGACCUGCUCCACAGACAUUUGUGUUUUACUCACUGAAGUGCCAUGGCUUUGGUUCCUCCCUUUUGUAAGUUAUUAUCUCAACAGUUAAUCGGAACCUUUUUUUUUUUUUUUUUUCUUUUCAUAUGGGUUAACCUAGCUACUGCCAAUACAUUGUAAUUAUCUUUUUCAAUUGUCGGGACUUCAACCACAGCGAGUUUGACACUCUUUCAAAGCCAGUAACCACCUGAGGCCUGUUGGAGCCACUGCUGACUCAACGUGUAUAAUGUGAUUUUAAUAUUUAAACAACUGCUUGAUUAGUUACAACUAAAAACUGUGGCGUUAAGAAUGAAGAUUUCACACUAUCUUUUUGGGCUUGUGUGUGUAUCUUCCUGGGAACCUGUUCUAGUAAGUUUGCAAAAUGGCUUUGCUAGGAUUUAGCUGCCACUGUGACCUGCUUUCAAAAACUAGUCCCCCCCCCCCUUUUCCUUGAGUCUUAAUAAAGCCCUGGCUAACAAUGUCAGGCUCUGUGGUGAAAAUUGGGCAAUGGACCAGUUAGUUUGUAGAUUUAGAACAGGUAAACCCAUGAUAAUGCGCUAUAUUUAUCUGAUCAGUCUUCCUGUGGCUAAGAAACACGUUUGUUGAUGUUUGCACUACUCAACAUUUGUCUGGCAAUGUAUUCCCCUAUUGACUAGUUCUAGAUGCUAAAGAGAAUCAAAUACUUUAAAGUAUAUAUAUUUUCUGUAGUGCUAGUGUACAUAAAUUGUGCAAAUGCCUGACCCUUCUAAUCUUGAAUGUGUUAAUGUGUGUUAAUCAUUACAAAAACCCCCUCCAGCAGCCGAGCGCAGGAACUACAACUUGGCCAUUCUAUUAAUCAUUAUGUUAUUAUCAAUCAGAUAUGAUGCACAUGUUAUGUGACGUCGUUUCUAGGUAUUAUCAAAGUGAUUCAUGAAUUUGAUUUGAAUAAAUUAAGUGCCAUGCUUGCUUUGUGUCAA